AUGUCAAAGUACAGUGGAAGGACAUUGGUCAAGGGAAACGAAGAGCACAGCGUGUGCCCGGUCAUCGCUUCAGAUGUUGGACUUUCAUUCUGGGGCGGGAUCGAUGAGAAGACUGGGAUCGUGAUUGAUCAUUCUCAUCCGUUGUACGGUCAAUCCGUGGCUGGGUCGAUUUUAUGCCUUCCGUCAGGGAGAGGUUCGUGUACUGCCUCUCAAGUCAUGUUGGAACUCAUACUGAACGGAAAGGCUCCAAAGGCACUGAUUUUGAGAGACAGAGAUGGUCUUGUGAGUGUCGGAGCAUUGGUGGCACAGGCCAUCUUUCCAGAUUCGGAUGUGCUGGAUAUUAUUCAAAUCGAGAACUAUCAGGCCCUGCUAGAACAGAAACCAAGUUUUGGACGCGUUUUAAAUCACGGAAGUUUAAUUUUUGGCGAGUCUGUUGAAGAGAUUGAAGAAGCCUUUGAGCCUAACCCAAAAGACACAGCUGACCCAACGAAAGGUGGUGAUUUGGUGCUUACUGACGAAGAACAAGAAAUGAUGGAUGCUUGUCAGACGGAGGCAGAAAGACGAGCUUUGGAAUGCAUAAUCAAAUAUGCAUACAUAGUUUCUGAUAGUCCGAAAUAUAUUGAUGUCGGGAAGGCCCAUAUUGAUGGUUGCACGUACAUUGGUCCAGGUGGUCUCGCAUUCGCAGAGCGACUGGUGCAGGAAGGAGGAAAGGUGAAGGUUCCCACCACACUCAACUCUGUCUCGACCGACCUCAGAAAUUGGAAGAACCUUGGAAUCGAGGCUACAGAAUCCCAGCAGUCAUCCAUGAAACUUGCCGAAGCAUAUGUCGCCCUUGGGUGUUCCGAACGGUCAUUUACUUGUGCUCCAUAUUUACUAGAGAAUCCUCCUGAACUGGAUGAACAAAUUGUGUGGGGCGAAAGUAAUGCUGUAGUAUUUGCAAACUCAAUACUUGGUGCAAGAACUGAGAAGUAUGCGGACUACUUGGACAUUUGCUGUGCCAUUGUCGGCAAAGUGCCCGAGGUUGGUGUGCAUAUCAAGGAGAAACGACAGCCCAAAAUUUUGUUGGAUGUAAGCGCUAUAGACUUCUCGACCGACGAUUCAGCUUCAUUCUCGCUCCUGUUCCCUGUUCUUGGUCAUCUUUGUGGAACAUUGUCGGAUGGAGAAGUGCCCUUGUUGGUUGGCCUCGAGCGGUAUUCAAAGGACAUUACAUCUGAUCACCUGAAAGAUUUCUGCGCUGCUUUUGGAACCACUGCAGCGUCGCCGUUGAUUCAUGUUGCCGGAGUGACACCCGAAGUGACCGAUGAAAUGAUUGCCAGUUGCAAGAAAAAGUACACUGUGGACGUUCUUGAACUCGAAGAGACUUACAAGCUUCUGGAUCAACAUAAUGCUUUGGAUACGGAUGAAGAAGGCAGUAUCGAUUGGAUUUCAUUGGGAAACCCCCACCUUUCACUCUCGGAAUGCGAAAAGCUACUUGAGAAGAUUCAAAGCUUGCCAUCACCUCAGAAAAAGAAAGCCGAAGUUGAAGUAAUAGCAUGCAUGUCUCGAGAACUAUAUGAUAAGUCGCCAGCAGUACCGGCAUUGCGGGACUUUGGAAUAUCGUUUGUCAACGAUACCUGUUGGUGUAUGCUUCUGCAGCCGCCAAUGAUUCCUACCAAUCCAGAAGCAACUAUUCUGACAAAUAGCGGAAAAUAUGCUCACUACGGUCCUGGAUUGACGGAAAGAAAAUUUCGGCUAGCAAGUAUGGCUGAGUGUGUCGACGCUGCCGUAACGGGAAAACUAAGCCGACGAUCAACGCACCCUUGGAGCAAACAAACGAGAUCUUAUUCAACAUUUGCGAAAAGACACGAUAGGACAAGUCAUUGCUGCUCCAAGACUUCGCCAAGAAACAGCAUUCAUACAGAGCUAGCAAGGCGGCUUCUAAUUGGAUUCAAAAAGUGA